AGUUUGACCCUCGAAGUUUCUUUGCAAGUUGUUAAAAAAUAGGUAAUAAAUUUAGAUUCCUCAAUGUGAAUUUAACAGUGUAAUUAAGUAGUAAAAUAGAUAAUAUAUGUGUAACUAUGAACAGUAUUUGUUCGACAAAAAAGUCAUCGAUUAUUAUUUAUGAAUUAUAUGAAUGCACCCAUUAUCAGAAACUACAAAUACUUAGAUAAGGUUUAAGUGAGUUAGAGUGUCUAUUUAAACAGCAAUCUCGUCAAACUAAGAACGAAACGUUGCUCUUCUUCGUAGCGACUUUUCACAUAUUAGCAGUUCUAAUGGCUUUCAAUAUCGAAGGUAAGGUGGCUUUAAUUUCCGGAGGUGCUUCAGGAAUUGGACUUAAAUAUGCAAAGGAAUUAUUACGAAAUGGGUUGAAGGGGGUUACUUUGGCUGACGUGAACACUGAUUUUGGAAACCAGGCAUUAAAAGAAAUCGAAAAGGAGUUUGGAUCUAAUAAAGCAGUUUUUGUACACACUGAUGUCACAAACAAACAGAGCUUCGAGGAGGCUUUCAAGAAAACAAUCGAAGUAUUUAAAAAUCUGGAUAUUCUCAUUAACAACGCUGGUAUCUGUAAUGACGCUAUAUGGGAGAAGGAAAUUGCCAUCAAUAUUAAUGGCGUUGUACAUGGAAUUUUACUUGGUUUAGAACAUUAUAUACCAAAGUUCAAAACCGCCGAUGAAGGUGUAAUAGUAAACAUUGCUUCCGUAGCUGGUAUCACAGCUUCCGGUUUAUUUCCCGUUUAUUCUGCAACAAAAUAUGCUGUAUUGGGUAUGAGCAAGGCUUUUGGCAAUCAAAGUCACUACAGUCGAACAGGUGUCAGAACUCUAACUUUAUGUCCUGGUCUUACUAGAACACCCAUGGUCACGGGGAUGUCGGAAUGUACGUUAGGACCAAACUAUAAAAGAAUGGUCGAGAAAGCUGUGCCCAAUAUUCCUAUGCAAAAUCCCGAGAGUGUAGCUGUUGCAAUGAUUCAUAUUAUCAAGCAUGCAGCCACUGGUACCAUAUGGGUAGCUGAAAACGAUGAGGAACCUUAUGAGUAUAAAAUACCCCCAAGAGAAAAUUUUGCACCUAAGUAGAAAAUGGUCAAAAAGUGUUGAAAUUUAUUUGUUGUGUACUUAAACUCUCACCUCAACUAUAUAUAAAAAUAGGGGUGUAUGUGUAUAAGUAAUGGUUUAAUGCUCGUAUGAUUAUAAUGUUGUUUAAAAGA